AGCAGCGGCGGCGGGACGCGGCGGGUGGCGGGGCUCGGCGCCUCCGGUUCCUGGCCCGGCCUGAGAGGCGGCGGCGGCGGCCCGGGAUGGCUUUCAUGGAGAAGCCGCCGGCCGGCAAAGUGCUGCUGGACGACACGGUGCCGCUGACAGCGGCUGUCGAGGCGAGCCAGAGUCUGCAGUCGCACACGGAAUAUAUCAUUAGGGUACAAAGAGGAAUUUCCACGGAAAACAGCUGGCAGAUUGUUAGAAGAUACAGUGACUUCGAUUUACUUAACAACAGCUUGCAGAUUGCAGGCCUGAGUCUGCCUCUUCCUCCUAAGAAAUUGAUUGGAAACAUGGACCGUGAAUUCAUAGCUGAGAGACAGAGAGGCCUGCAGAACUACCUUAAUGUCAUCAUGGCAAAUCAUGUCUUGUCCAAUUGUGAGCUGCUUAAGAAGUUCCUAGACCCGAACAACUAUUCUGCAAACUACACUGAGAUCGCCUUACAACAGGUUUCCAUGUUCUUCAGAUCAGAACCAAAGUGGGAGGUGGUAGAACCACUGAAAGACAUAGGUUGGAGGAUAAGGAAGAAAUAUUUCUUGAUGAAAAUUAAAAAUCAACCAAAGGAACGACUGGUGUUGAGCUGGGCUGAUCUGGGCCCAGACAAGUACUUGUCAGAUAAAGAUUUUCAGUGUGUAAUCAAACUUCUGCCUUCCUGUGUGCACCCUUACAUAUAUCGGGUUACCUUUGCCACAGCUAAUGAAUCCUCAGCAUUGCUGAUUAGAACCUUUAAUGAAAAAGGAACGCUGAAGGAUCUGAUCUACAAGGCAAAGCCAAAGGACCCCUUCCUAAAGAAGUACUGCAGCCCUAAGAAAAUCCAGGGCCUUGAACUCCAGCAAAUAAAAACAUAUGGACGGCAGAUAUUAGAGGUACUAAAGUUUCUCCACGACAAAGGAUUCCCUUAUGGCCAUCUUCAUGCAGCUAAUGUGAUGAUGGAUGGCAACACUUGCCGACUGCUAGAUCUUGAAAAUUCCUUAUUGGGUCUUCCUUCCUUCUACCGAUCCUACAUCACACAAUUCAGGAAAAUCAAUACACUAGAAAGUGUAGAUGUCCACUGCUUUGGCCACUUACUGUAUGAAAUGACUUAUGGACGACCUCCAGACUCCGUGCCUGUUGACUACUUUCCUCCUGCACCAUCCAUGGCUGUGGUGGCCGUGUUGGAGUCUACGCUGUCUUGUGAAGCCUGUAAAAAUGGCAUGCCUACCGUCUCCCGGCUUUUACAGAUGCCAUUAUUCAGUGAUGUUUUACUAACAACUUCUGAAAAGCCACAGUUUAAGAUUCCCACAAAAUUAAAAGAGGCAUUGAGAAUUGCCAAAGAAUGUAUAGAAAAGAGACUCGUUGAAGAACAGAAGCAGAUUCACCAACAUCGAAGACUAACGAGAGCUCAGUCACACCAUGGGUCUGAGGAAGAAAGGAAGAGGAGAAAGAUCCUAGCUCGAAAGAAAUCAAAACGAUCUGCUGUUGAAAACAGUGAGGAGCAGCCAGCGAAGCACAACUCCACUAACUCAGCAGGAUCUGGGGCCAGCUCUCCUCUCACAUCCCCAUCAUCUCCAACUCCACCCUCCACAGCAGGGCUGUCUUCUGCAUUACCUCCACCUCCUCCACCACCUCCGCCUCCACCAGCAGGUCACUCAACAACCUCAGGCACAGAGAUACCUGCCCCACUCCUGCCCCAGGCUGUGAAUGGUGUGAACCGUGGGGCCUUGCUCAACUCUAUCCAGAAUUUCCAAAAGGGAACUUUAAGGAAAGCCAAAACCUGUGAUCACAGUGCUCCUAAGAUUGGCUGAUGUUUCCUGUUGACACUGGGCAAGCUCUUCUGUCCCACUCCCCCCCAACUUCCUCUUCCUAGGUGAGUCCUUGCAGAGCCAGUGCAGCCAGUCUUGCAAGAGGGAAAUGCUCUCCAAGUAGAAUAAAGUGGGGCCAGCAUUGCUGCCUUAACAUUUUACUCUUCUGUGACUCUAAUGGGCUUCCUUUAGGGGCAGCAGCAUAUUAUUUGCACCAGCUAAAGGAAAAUGACAAAAAAGCAAAAGCAAUGACAAUAUUCCGUCACAGCAGUGACUGGCCUUACUGUCCCUCCUACUCUAUCAGAAGCAUUCUCAUAGCUCAUUCCUCUGACGCAUUUUCUGGUGAUUUCUUAAGUAGUUCACCUCAGAUGCUAACAUUAACCAAGGCUGAGGUAGAGAAGCAAGAGCUCUCUUCAUUCUCCCUUUCGCAGGACAGGGGGAAUUCCUCUGUCUCAAGUUCAAUGGGAAUCUCACUGUGGCUGAGAGCAGCCACUCUGGAUUUAUAGUUUUCAGUUAGAAUGUACCAAAACAGACAGAAAAACAUUAACCAUAGAAAAAGCUCUUGCCAGUUAAAGGGUUGACUUAGUCCUCAGUAUUUAGGUCCAGGUUAGGGUAGGGGGAAAGUCAGCAUUACAAGUGAAUCUGGCAUCGAUGUCAAUCACUUCUGAUUUGAUUAAUCCAACUUCAGCAUCUUUUUUGAUGUUACUCAGUUAUUAGAAAUCUUUCAUUCUGUGAUUUGCUUAAACCUUUAAAUAAAUUGCACUUUAAAGGAUUAUAAAAAAAUCCAUUUUAAAAUUUAAAUACACAUAUCAGUGUUGGUUACUAUGCAGAAAGAAUGUCAUUGUGUAUAGUUUCAUGUAAUCUGUGAUAUACUCAGCUGUAUUUUUAUUAAAAUAAAUCAUGACAAGAAAAUA